AUGGCUUCAGGGAAUCGGUUAUCGCGUGAGGAAAAAGGAAAAGAUAUAGCUACUUCGCCGAGCCCUGCUAGGGAUGCGGACGGGGGUCCGUUGGACGAUUUUGACAUAAUCCAUCGUGACGCUCUGCGGGAUACGGAGAACAUGAGCCUUUCCCAGCGUCUUUUGGUCGCUGACGCCCAUAGGCAGUUUCGCGAAGAAAUCGAAGAAAACGCUGAGGACGAGGAUAGAGAGGCGAGUGGUUCUGAAGCGCCUAGCCUAGUCGUAAGACCCAGGAGACGGGCUCAUCGGAGGGCUCGUUUCGACCAGUCAGACCGUCUUCCCGCACCGAGAAGUGUUCCGUUCGACGAAGUAGACUGCCGCCCUGUGAUAUACCACCCCGGUGGGAUUUUCGAAGAACUACCUUUGCUGCCUCCCGAAGCGUUACGCGACCCGCGAGUUCAAUCGUGGGGAAACGUUUUCAGUUCCUGUUCUUCCAACGAGGCCGUGAAGAAUUUGCUAAGGGAGAAUGGUGGCGCUGGAGUCACCUUCCUUAUUCCGUCAACCGAGCAGCGGCCGUGGUCGCCACCAGUUGGUUACCAAUGCGUGUACGAAUCUUACUUCAAGGAUCAGACGAAGCUCUGGUUCCCAAUCCCCAGAUUGAUCACGUCUUACGCGUUUCGUCGGGACAUCGCCAUUUCUCAGCUGCUGAACGGGUCGCUGCGCAUAGCCGUCAUGUUGAUGGUUAUGGCAGCGGAGAUGGAUGUUUCGAUGAGCGUGAGGGUGUUCGAGGAGCUGACUUUCACGAAGGCGGAGCCAAACGGGAUCUUUUCAAUAAAGAUGCGAGCGAGUUACAACGUUUUGACGGGUCAUCCCAACAAGACGCAAGAUUGGCAACGCGCAUACUUCUACAUUAAGUCCGACGAGCAUGCCUUCGAGGAGCCGCUGGGGGACGAUUAUCGCGUUUUAUGGAAUCAGCAACUUGUUCGUCAUCCCAAUACGAUUGCCUAUCCCGAGAAAUUCUUCGAAACUGCCCAACUGAUCGCGACGCAUAGUCAUCUCAGGUGGCCGGAUCUUAGUCGGGAGUGGAUACGUCGGCAGCAACCUAGGAUCGCUAGAGUUGACUGGGAAUCGAGACUUCCUUGUGUACUCGGUCCCCGCAAAUCACGUCUAUCCCUGUUUACUCGGAAACAACAAAAGCUCCUCAACAAAGCUAGAAAGAUGGAGGGAGUUCCCGACUUGAGUGCCCUGUUGAAAGGGAAGCUUCAAAUGCUCUCAACGAAGUCGUCUUCUGCCGGUGCCUCAGAGGUCAAGCCUGUUCCCGCAGAUGGAGAUGCGAACUCUGAGCCGCCAGCUCAAAGUUCCCCAAAAAAGAAGGCCAAUAAGGCCAAGAAAAGGAGUGUCCCUUUGGAGGAGGCACCAUCCUCUGCUGAUGCCUCUGAAGUCGCGGCUAAGAAGAAGAAGAAGAAAAAGGAGAGCAAGAAAAGGUCUCGUGAGGAGGCUUCUGUUGAGGUUUUGGAGACCUCAACUGCCGCGGGGGAUGAUGAUGCGGAAAGAAACGAUCCAACCGAUUCUACUCGGGGAUCAUCUGAGGAACGUCCCAAGAAGAGAUCGAAGAAAACGACCGCGGAAGACGAUGGGACUUCUGCUCCCGGGAUCCCUUCUAGAAGUGGGGGACCGGCUACCGAAACCGGAGAUGGCUCACGGGAUGAAUCUUCGUUGAGUAGGGGAGCCCCUUCUUCUUCUGCGAGGAAGACGGGUGUUGAAAGCGGAGGUUCGCUUCCGCAGAAGGCGGGAGGAGGAAGAGGAUUUUCGGAUCGCGUAGAGUUCCUUUACGACGAGGACUCCAUCCGUGGCGGGACCAAAGAGUUGCCGCCGAUCGACGACUUGUACUUCAAAAAGGAGUACAUUGACGCGGCUAUGGCGAGCAAACGGAGCGAUGGGAGUAUGAACUAUCUUGUUGAGAAGUACGAUAGUACCCUCAAGCAGACGAUGGUUCAGCUAGGCGCGUCGGAAAAACUUGCGCGGACCCGACUAGGCGUGAUAGAGAGGUUACGCGCUGAGAACAAGAAGGCUAGCGACAAGGGGGCCAAGGAGAAGGAAGUCCUCCGGGUCAAAUUUGCAGAGCUAGAAGACAAGUUAAAGUCUGAUCGUUUUGCAAAAAAGGAUGCUUUACGCGAGAAGGCUCGUCUGGAGCGGUUGGUUGCUUCUCUUGAGAAGGAGAAAACUGAGUUAGAGGGGGAGAGGGAUGCCGUUGUUGGAACGUUGGUCAAGGAGAGGGAACGCUUGAGGAACUCUAGGAUUCAGGAGGUUACUCGUGAAAGAAUCAGAGUCCAGACCGCUAUGGCAGACAAAUCUACUCGCUCUUUUGGCCGAGUAAAGGGCUAUCUGGACCAUCUUAACGCGUUGGAGAGGGCCAAGAGUUUAUACGGGCAAGCUUCGGGAACCAAGAAGUGUCUUGAGAUGAUAAGAGAUAGCGGCACGGCGAUCCCGCAGGAAAUGAUAGACAUCUUCUCGGAGCAAGAGAAGUUGCACGAGGCUCAGGUCGCUAAACUUCGCCUCGAUCUGUUCUCAGAAGCUGAUUUCGCCCUCUCUCCACUCAACCUCCCUUCUCGGUUCGUAAGCGAGGAACUGAUGGGGACUCUUGAUCCGUACGGGUCGAAUGUUGGUCUGAUUGGCCAUGAAUCGGCUUCCCAACUGAUUACUUCUCGUGAGGCCGCUGACGACCCUAUUGACGAGCCAAUGAUUGAUAUUUCAUCUGCUUUGUCAAAGCGCGUCACUGUCCCUAAAGGAACUGCGGUAGAGGAGCGUCCCGAAGAGAACGACCCCGAAGUAGGCGGCAGUGCGGCUCAAGAGGGAACAGGGGAUGUAGCCGUUGAAGACCCGGUCUUAGUUUCCUCGUCUGAGGAACGAGAAGACGACGAGGGGGGCAAUCAGGAAGAGGACAGGUCAUCUCCGGCGCUUAUCGAAGAAGCGGCUUUGAACCCGUCGGCCCCGGACCCUCCUGCGCAGAUUGAAGUCCUCAACACUCACAUUGCUGAAGGGACUAUGGAGUCGCCUGACCUGGAUGUAUCGAACAAGGAUGAUCAAGACGCGGUUGCUUGA